GACAUUUUUUGGCAGAUUUAGCAAAACUUUGGGCUGAAAUUUUUGAUAGAAAUCGUACACACCCAGGUUCCAGGAAUAUUCGAGGAGUGAUCAGAUGAAAGCCAUAUUGAUCACGGCACCAUGCAGAAUGUUCGGCGAAACAGAAAACAAGUCAACAACAUGUUCAACAUAGAAGAUACACGUUUUCUUAUGUGUAACUCGAAGAAGUGAUAGAUUUAUUUAUUACAUAAGAUUCAGAAGCAUGAUAUCAUUGCUCUUGCAUUUUGUUUUUUAAUUACAAAGUUUUGAUUAUUACUUUUAAGUCCUCGUUAAAUUUCUAAAAUCAAAUCAAAACUGAACCAAAUUUUCUGAGUUUCCUCCUUUCUUCUUCAACGACAACCUCGAGAAUAUUAAGAUCAUUUGUAAACCCUAGAAAUUGAAAAUCAUACGGGAAAUUCGUCAUUAUAGCGCUUGAGGGCGCUGGACACGUUGUUCAGCGAAAAGUAUAUCUAUUUAUUUUCCCAUUGUUUUCUUAAGAUUGAUAAAUUCGUCCAGAGUGGAUUGAAGUCAUUUUAGAAUCUAAAAAUAUUUCAGGACAUAAUUGUAGAUGAUUACUAAGGAUUAGGUGUGUGGCGGUUGGGUAGAAAAGUUUAUGUAGUUGGAGAAGAUGAAAUGAUCUGCAGAGCAUGCCAUAGUUAAGUUUUACAAGAUGUUUGAUUGUGGUUAUAAAUCACAGUAUAUGGGAGGACAACGAGAGAAAUUCGUAAGGUACAAAAAGUUGGACGAUUUGGAUUCUAGAUUAUCAUUGUCACCUGAUGCUAGCAGAAUGAAUAAGUGUGGAUUCAAUAUUGAUGGGCUGGCACGUGGUGGUGGUGGUAAUGUAAUGAAGACCCCUUCGAGAUCCUUUACGAGCGGAGUUAGAAAGGGAUCUGAAGGCCUUAGGAAUAUUGGGAGGCGUAUUAGGAAGAAGUCAUUCUUUCAAAAACUUGCGACGAGGAUAUAUGACCCCCAAGACAAAUUCCUUCUUAUUUGGAAUCGACUGUUUGUUAUUUCAUGUAUUCUUGCAGUAUCCAUUGAUCCCUUGUUCUUUUAUCUUCCGGUAUUCACCCAUGGAGCAAAUUGUCUUGGUAUAGACACAAAAUUAGCCAAGACAACCACUGCCUUACGGACAAUCGUAGAUUCCUUUUAUGUUAUUCAUAUUUUUCUCCAGUUUCGAACAGCUUAUAUUGCCCCAUCAUCUCGUGUUUUUGGCCGCGGUGAACUGGUAGUCGAUUCUAAACAGAUAGCAAAGCGUUAUUUGCGGUGGUACUUUAUUGUGGAUUUUCUCGCCGUGCUACCCCUUCCACAGGCUGUAGUAUGGAGUUUUCUUCGCCACAAAAAAGGUUCAGAUGUACUGUCAACGAAACAAGCUUUGCUUUUCAUUGUCUUGCUUCAAUAUAUUCCAAGGUUUCUGCGCAUUCUGCCCCUAACAACUGAACUGAAGAGGACUGCUGGUGUCUUUGCUGAAACUGCUUUUGCCGGUGCUGCUUAUUAUCUGCUUUGGUACUUGCUUGCCAGUCAUAUUGUAGGGGCUUUCUGGUACUUAUUAGCUGUAGAGCGUAAUGAUACAUGCUGGUUGAAAGCUUGUGCUUCUGUCAAAGAAUGCAAUGUCACUUUCUUGUAUUGUAGCCACCACACAGAAGGUUUCGACACGUGGCUCAACAUGAGUGGACCUAUUCUCAAGAACGAAUGUUCUGCAAAUGAUGACAAUUUGUCAUUUAAUUUUGGAAUCUAUAGUCAGGCUGUAACAUCUGACAUUAUUGCUUCCAGAAAGUUCCUAUCCAAAUAUUGUUACUCUUUGUGGUGGGGUCUACAAAAUUUAAGUACACUUGGCCAGGGGCUUCAAACUAGUACUUAUCCUGGAGAGGUGAUCUUCUCAAUUGCACUUGCCAUCUUUGGGCUCAUCCUUAUGGCACUUUUGAUAGGGAAUAUGCAGACUUAUCUUCAGUCUCUUACAAUUCGUUUGGAGGAGAUGAGAAUCAAACGGCGUGAUUCAGAGCAGUGGAUGCAUCAUCGAUUGCUUCCACCAGAACUGAGAGAGAGAGUCAGGCGUUAUGAUCAGUAUAAGUGGCUGGAAACACGAGGAGUUGAUGAAGAAAACCUGGUCCAGAACUUACCGAAGGACCUUAGGAGGGAUAUCAAACGCCAUCUUUGUUUGGCUUUGGUGAGAAGGGUUCCUCUGUUUGAGAAUUUGGACGAACGAUUACUAGAUGCCAUCUGUGAACGGCUGAAACCUAGUCUGUACACUGAGAAAACUUAUAUAGUCCGGGAAGGAGAUCCAGUGGAUGAGAUGCUUUUCAUUAUACGUGGGCGCCUAGAGAGUGUAACGACUGAUGGAGGAAGGAGUGGAUUUUUCAAUAGGAGUAUUCUAAAGGAGGGGGAUUUCUGUGGUGAGGAGCUUUUAACUUGGGCAUUGGAUCCCAAAACGGGUUCGAGUCUCCCAUCAUCUACCAGGACUGUGAAGGCUUUUACAGAAGUAGAGGCUUUUGCCUUAAUAGCUGAAGAAUUGAAAUUUGUAGCCAGUCAAUUUAGGCGUCUUCAUAGCAGACAAGUUCAACAUACGUUCCGAUUCUACUCGCAGCAGUGGAGAACUUGGGCUGCUUGCUUUAUUCAAGCAGCGUGGAGGCGGUACUCCAAGAGGAAAACAAUGGAACUUCGACGACAGGAACUAGAAGAUGACGAACUAGAACUAGAAGAAGAAGAUGAAGAAGAGGGAUCAUAUGAGGCAGUCGAUGACAGUGACAAGAGUGGUCCCUCUUUUGGUGCCACAAUCUAUGCUUCUCGAUUUGCAGCUAAUGCCCUUCGUGGAGUUCACAGGCUCCGAAGCAAUUCCAGCAAGAGUGGUAGGAACUUGAUGAAACUUCAAAAACCUCCAGAACCCGACUUUGCUGCUGAUGAUGCAUAGACUAUAUAGUGAACCUUUGGAUGCCUCAUCCAACAUCAUUGAUGACAGCGCAACCUCCAUUUUGUAUGUAAGGCCUCUUUAGAAACAAUCAAUUGCUGAGGAUAACAGCUGUACAUGCUUGUUGAUUUUAGGGUUUUAUAUUCCGUAUGAUAGUUUGAUACUAAAAGAUAAAUAUAUAGAAAUUCUUAGCCACUAACUUAGUAACUUGUCAUUCUCUACUCGCUUAAAAAUAAAUAAAAAUAAACUCCAAGUUCUCAA